AUGGCACCAGCCAGCGAUGACGAAAGCGGAGAACCUAGGCCAAGGGUUCUUCAACGUUCUCGGCCGUACCUGAACGAACAGAUGAUUACGGAUCUAAAGCCGAAUCGGGUGUUGACACAGUCGCGCGAUCAGCAAGGUGCUAUUCACGUUUUUAAUAUGGUCUGGGCGGUUUCGGAUGUCUUGGGAUUCCCAAAUCGAACGCGGUGUACGGCGAUGGCAUUGUAUCAUCGAGUGCGCCUAUACUACCCCGACAUCGACUAUAAUAUUGCCGACGUCGGCCUAGCGUCCCUCUUUACCGCCUCUAAAUUCGAAGAUACCCUAAAAAAGUCGCUAGAAAUCCAAGCUGUUGCUUACAACAUCCGAUACUCCGGUGAUGAUCCCAUAAACUCCGACUCCCCGGUAUUAGAAGAACAACAUCGGCGUAUAAUUGGUAUCGAGCGACAAAUCCUCGAAGCCUGCAGCUUCGAUUUCCGAACACGACACCACCAACCUUUUUUGAUUAAAUUCUCGAAGUUUUAUAAUGUUUCGAAACCCAUAACGGCGUUGGCGUGGUUGAUUGCUAUCGACGCGCAUAAGACAUUGGCCUGUUUGAAGGCUACACCACAAGAACUUGCAUUGGCUUCCUUAAUUAUCGCGGCCAGAUUACGUGGGAUUCGCCUAGGAGUUAUUCAAUCAAGCACGACCACGCCAUCCUCGGCUACAAAUUCACCAAUCGAUCCGUCGGCAACGAUGUCACCUGGGAAUUUCGCUCCGUCGACUGGUCCGGCUGUGCCGGUUGUCUACGACAAAUGGAAGACAAAUUUCGCGGCGGUAUUGGAGACUUGUCACGACAUAUUGGAUCUAUAUACCGACCACCUACACCAUACGUUCGUAGGACCCAGAAACGGAGCAGAUGCGUUCAUAAGGGUUCGUAUUGAACUGAAUCGUGAAGCCAAGAAUGAGGGUAUAUCGCCGAAUAAUAAUAAUCUUGGCGCGGGAAUGCCGCCGGCUAGUCCCGUAACACCGGGGAAUUAUGGGUACGGAGCUCCAUAUAGUGAUUCUAAUGGAAAUGUGAACGGAAGGGCCGACCGGGAGAGGGGUAGAAGGGAGAGGGACGAGGAGGAAAUUGUCGUUACUGCUGGCGAUAAGAUCAGAGGGGGGGCUAAGGGACAGCAGUUGACUGAUAGAAGUUUACACGGUAGUGUGAGGUUUACUUUGAGUAAGAAGAGGGAAGAUGAAGAGUGGAAGGCUAUUAAUAAGGCAGUUGAGAGGGGGGAACUGUAG